CUUUGACGAAAUAAUAAAUAUUUUGACGUGAAACAUAGACUUUGAGCACGCGCCAGAUAUGAUCAUUGAUAAAACGUGCAAUUGCAUUAACUUUCCGGCUUUUUACGAAGACUGAAUGCAGUCCAUGUAAAGUCGAUAACAUUAUUUUAUUUAAUCUGACGGUGACAAGUGAACGGAAGCUGACGGAAGCGCGGUUUCGCGGCAUGUUUAGCGUGACGUGACAUGUCUCCAAUUCUAUUGGUAGAUGUGCAGAGGUGAUGUACAAUAGAGCAGGUGGUCUUCUUGCUCUUGUCUACUGUUGUCCACAAUAUUGUCAGUAUGUUUCUGUUCUUCGUAUCUCGAGCUUAGUAGUUUGUAGUCGUGGUGAGCCCGGGGAGGGAGGUACGACAAUAGAGUUUUUGGAUCUGUGUUCAUAAGAAAAAAACUCUAUAUUGACGGAUUUUCAUUUGUUUACUGCUGUGUGUUAGUGAGCAGUCAAGGCUUUAAUUGUGUGAAUUGUGCGGAGUUUAUCAAUUACAAUGGAGGUAAAUUGGUUACCAGAGCAAGUUUUGGAUUAUAUAAUUGUGCCUCUUCAUGAGCAUUUGGCUCCUAUAUUGGACCGAUUGGCUACCAUCGAACGAAAAAUGCAAGAGUUCGAUGAAAUGCAACAGAAAAUGAGACGAUUUGAAGAAAUGGAAGCAAAACUACAACAUUUGGAAGCUGUUGAAACACGAAUGCUGCAGCUGGAAGCAUCACUGCAAAGAGCUUUAGGCACUUUCUUGCCUCGUGUCGAGCAAGUAUUAGAGGGAAUGGAAGAUUGCCCUUCAAUCAGUGCAAGGUCUUCAACAAACAGAGGAGCUUCUAAUACACCAGUUGUAGAAUCAGUGAUAGAGGCAGCAAAAGUAGGAGAUAUUGAAUCCAUACAACAUUUCAUUUCACAAGGUGCACAUCAAAAUGAGUUUGAUGCAUCAAUGGAAAAUGCUUUGUUUCAUGCAGUGCGCAAUGGACACAUUGAGGCUGUGAAAGUGCUCCUCGAAGCAGGUAUUGAUGCAAAUGCCGUCAAUAUCCGGGAACAGACAUCUCUGAUGUUGGCAGUUCAUGCUGGCCACAAAGAUAUUGCUGAAGCUCUGCUAGAACACGGUGCGAACAUUGACAGUGAUGAUGAUGAAGGUGCCACUGCAAUAUGGUAUGCAUCUUCAACAGGUCAAUCUGACAUAGUGGAAAUGUUGAUCAAGAAGGGAGCAAGUAUUGAUUUUGGACAGAGUUAUGAGGAUCCAUUCACUACAACUUUGGAAGUAGCCGCACAAAAUGGUUAUGCAGAAACGGUAAAAACAAUUUUGACUGUUGGUUCUGGAUGGUUUGUAUCAGAUCUGGAAGAUGCCCUCUGCAUCACAGAUUCUCCAGAUGUGGUGUGGGCAAUUGCACGUGCUAUUCCACACGAGUUUUGGGGUGAGGUUGGUGCACGUGCAGUGAUGAGCGCCACAAGAGACGGUCGAUGCAACGCUUUGGAAGCAAUGCUACAGGCAGGAGCUCCCACCACUCAAAGAAAUAUGAAUGGGCUCACACCACUGCACUGUGCGUCUUCUCAUGAGAACACUGCUGCUAUUCUCUCUCUGGUAGUGAACGGUGCAGACAUAGAAGCAUCAGACAAUAAGGGACGCACACCACUGCAUUUAGCUGCUAUUCAUGGGAAAGAAAAAUCAGUGCGUGCACUUCUCGCUAAGCAGGCAAAUCGGCAUGCAGUUGACAAAAGAGGAAGAACACCAUUUGAUGCUGCAACUAGCGACACUGUUCGUGAUCUUCUCGAUGACAUAAUUUGAUAAUAAUGGAAACUUUUUAAUUCUGGGCCUUAAGUUGAGAACCUAUAGGAAGUCUGUGAGCUAUACUUAAAGCCAAAUUGACGAAUUGUCAUGAACUUGACAAGAUAAGAAUACAAAAUGAGACUAACUAGUUACAGAGUAUAUAUUCCUUAAAGUAGCUGAUUUUGACUAUGGUUUUCAAGAGGCUGCGACAUCACAUGUUCUCUUAUGUUUUCAUGCAGUUGAGAAGAAGGUGAACACAGAUCGAUUUGGCUAGGAAAUUUGCUAAUGAUAUACUCCUCAAAGUAUAUUGAAAAUAGCCAAAAUAUUUGUUUCUGUUUGAGUUGGGCAAUAAAUAUAUGACCGUUGUGUGUAGGGGAGGUUCAACAAACAUUAUCGAAAACGAGGCUGUGAUAAAUGAAAUACUUCAUGAUGAUUUUAGAGAAAGGAUGAAGUAACAAUCUGCUUUUGCCUGCUCUGCCAAUAUGUUGUGAGCAUGUAAUCUAUUUCCAGCACUUGCAAAUUUUUCUCUUACAAACUAUUUUUAAUACAACUUUGAAAAAUGCAUGUUUGGAAUUCACUUCAUUUUUUUGUGAUAUUAGAUUUCCCCAUUUUAAUGUGAUAUAAAUUUUAUUGUUCUUUUAACUGUGUCACACAUGUGGAGUUACUGAAUUUUAAUGUUGCUUCAAACUUUUUUUUUUUUAUCAUUAUCAAUUUCAGUAUUCUGUUUUCAAUUCUUUUUUCUUCUUCAUUUUUUAAUACCGAAUGUAUCUAAAUUUUCAAAGAUGUUUGUAGGUAUUGCUGAAAAUCAAUAACUUUUCCAACUGCAAAGAGAUGCUUUUUUGCAUUUAUCUAAGUGAUAAUGCUUUUAACCUGACAAGCUUUGAACAUUUUCAUUAGUUCUGUAGGUAUAGACAGGUUAAUUUUUGUAAUAUCCAAGAAGAAUUCAGAGCAACUGUUGUGAGAAGCUAGCGUAAGGAUAUAAGUUGUAAUAUUUCUAAGGAGAUCUUGAAAAUAAGGAGUAACUGAAAAAUUGCCUGCAAUUAACUUAAAUCAAAGGUUACACAAUACAAAGUAGUUCAUUAAUUCAAAUACUACUUUAAAUUAAUUAGUAAUAUUUGCAACUUACAAAUUGUUUACAAAUUUACACAAGUUGUGAAUAGUGUAUUAUUUCAGUUUUGGCAGGAAAAUGUCUUUUGUAACGUGAUUAAUACAAACUUAACUGUUGAUCGACUCAGUGCUAUUGACUUUGCUGUAUCGAAAUUUUGUUUAUUUAUCUAUACAGUAAGAUGUCGCACACUAGAUGUAGGGAGAAAUCAGAAAAUGCUGGACUUGUUACAAGAUGUAAUAUGCCUUCUGCAUGUAAUUAAAGCCAUUGAAAUGCAGGAUGUGAUAAUUAAAAGUCAAUGGUUGGACACUUGACUGGUGGGAAGUGACUUACACCAGCCUUUCAAGCCAAGAGAUUCGGACCCCCAGAGGGGAAAUUCCUCUGGCCACCCCAUUGUAAAUUUGAUCAAAAACCUUAUUCCUGAUGACAAAAGUUCCUAGUAUUCUUUUUCUGUUAUUCAUUUGUAUUCUGGAGUCUCAAAAAUAUAGAAUGGUUUUAUAGACUACCAGGAUCAUUCACAUUAGAGUUAAUAAGGUACACCUGAUCAUGUUUAGAGUAGUGUCCUCGGAGGUCUUCAAAUUUUCUUAUGAAAAUCUUACAAAGAAUGAUACUGUAAUAUGUAAAUAAGUGUAUUGGUGUACUUCAUUCUUUUUUAUUGUGAUAUAUCAAGUACAUAUCAGCCAAACCAUUUGUAUUUACUUUGCGAAUAGAUCAUUUGGCUUCAAUGCAAAACUUAAACUUACUGUAAUUUUAUUUUUAUGUAUUUAAUUUCGCAAUGCAUCACGAGUAAAAAUAAUUGAAUUCAACUAGAAUUUUUCAUGUGAGGGAGGAGUUCUAAGAGUUUUGCAGAUAAAAGGAAUGCUAUUGGAUUUGGUUUUGUAAUGUAAUAUUUUUUAAGCUUGUAUAUAGGUGUGUAUAAGUUUUUAUAUUAACAGAUGUAUUGAAACCAUGUGAAAAUUUUAUUUUUUGAGAUAAAGAGAGAAGAAAAGAAGAAAUUAUUUACACUAAUGAAAUGCUGGUACCCAAGCAAAGACCCAGGAUAGUUUUGCUUGGAAAUAUUUCAUUUGUAAUUUAUCAUUGUGCAGGAAAGUUGGUGGUGCGCAAAGAGAAUGAGGUACAAGUUUACCCCUCUGAAGCAUUCAUAGGAAGGUUAUCAGAACUUUGUGGCAAGAUUCUUUUGUAUCUAGGUUACUUCAACUAUGUUCAUGGAAAUUAUUUGCUCAAGAAAUUUGUGAAUAUCAUGAAUGCUGACUCAGGUAAUGCAAAAUGUUUGUCGUGGGGAUGAUUGUCAAUGAUCAGCCAUUUUGAUGUUCUUGAAGAUUACAUGCAUGGAUAUUUGUCUAUGAAGUAUAAGCACUUCAGCACUUUAUCAUGCAGUUAGUGUAGAAAAAUUAGGAAAGGGUAGUGAGAUGUCAACAAAAAUUCUUGCUUAACUUCUCUGACAGUGACAGUUAUAAUCUGAAGGAAGUGACAUUAAGAAUAAGUAUAGUUUUUAUUAUUAAAUCUUUGUACAUUGUUCUGCUUGAAUGAUAAGUUUGUUACUGUUUUUACAUAAAGUAAGUGAGUAAAAUGUCUUAUAAAAUUUUGAUAGACUGAUUUUAAAUUUCAAUUUUGUGUAUACUUGACAAUAAUACUCGCCUGUGUUAUUCAUAAUUAUUCUGCUUAGUAGCUUUGUAAUAGGUUAUAGUUAAUCUCCCAAUCAAGAGUGGUAUAUUUUUCUCAGAUGUUAAAAACAAGUGUUUCAUGUAGGAUGAAUGAAAGUAGAUGUUCUUUAUUUUAUUUGAAUCUGAAUAAAAACUUAUGAAGUGAUACA